AUGAGCUCAGCAGAUCUACCACGGACGGAGGCUAACGUGCUCCGGGGGCACGAAGGUGCAGUAUUAGCAGCACGGUUCAACUCGAACGGCGAGUAUUGCCUGAGUUGCGGCAAAGACCGCACCAUACGGCUUUGGAACCCUCACCGUGGAUUGCACAUCAAGACCUACAAAUCGCACGGCCGUGAAGUUCGCGACGUUCACGUCACCCCGGAUAAUUCGAAGAUAUCUUCAUGUGGAGGCGAUCGGCAGGUGUUUUACUGGGAUGUGGCCACCGGUCGUGUUAUUCGGAAAUUUCGUGGUCAUGAUAGUGAGGUAAAUGCUGUGAAAUUUAACGAGUAUGCAUCAGUUGUGGUAUCAGCUGGGUAUGACCGUUCUGUGCGUGCUUGGGAUUGCAGAUCUCACAGCACCGAGCCUAUUCAGAUUAUUGACAAUUUUUCAGAUAGUGUCAUGUCAGUUUGUUUAACAAAAUCUGAGAUAAUUGCUGGAAGCGUUGAUGGAACUGUUCGAACAUUUGAUAUUCGAAUGGGUAGAGAAAUAUCUGAUAAUUUGGGGCAGCCUGUCAACUGCAUUGCUCUCUCAAAUGAUGGCAACUGUGUAUUAGCCAGCUGUCUUGAUUCUACUUUAAGGCUUUUGGACAGAUCUACUGGUGAAUUGUUGCAAGAAUAUAAAGGCCAUAUUUGCAAGUCAUUCAAGAUGGACUGCUGCCUAACAAACUCAGACGCCCAUAUCACUGGAGGUUCGGAAGAUGGUUAUGUUUAUUUUUGGGACCUUGUUGAUGCAAAUGUUGUCUCCAGCUUUCGAGCUCAUUCUUCAGUGGUAACGAGUGUUAGUUAUCACCCAAAGGAUGACUGUAUGGUUACUGCUUCAGUUGAUGGAACAAUUCGUGUUUGGAAAGCGUGA